AUAUAUAUUUAUCUCACAUAAAUGUUUGAUCAAUUAUUGCACAAUAGCUUACACAAAGCCAGGUAUGAUUUCCACAAAUACCAUUAUUUUGAUAUCGAACCCAAACAUUGUUAUCGCAAACAAUCUGCUGUCACUUUAAUUCUGCGCGUGCAGCACAGACUCCAUGCUGAAACGAUCUCUACACUUCUGCAGACGCACCGCUCCUGGAACGCACUACUAGACCGCAACCGUGUGCAGCUUGAACGCUUUAAUCCGUUAGCAUGAGCGCGGAAAAAAAUACGCACUGCAAACAGAGAUGCAUAAUACCUGAAGAAAGCCAUAAAACCAUCCUGCCUUGGCUCUAUCUCGCUAUGGCUAUCCUGGGCCUUCCAACCAAUGGAACAGUCUUGGUGGAUCUUUGGAGAUCAGAGAGGACACCUACUAUCAUCUUCACACUGAACAUAAUCAUAUCAGACCUGCUGAUGUGCUGCAGCUUUUUCUUCAGAAUAGCCUACCUCAAAGAAAACACCAACUGGAAAUCUGGAACUCCAGCCUGCAAUGCAGCAGAGCUGAUCAUUUUCUCUUGCUUCUACAUAAACCUCUAUUGCAACAUGUGUUUCCUUUUGUGGACCAGCAUUAAUCGCUACACCACAGUGGUAAAACCAGGCUACGCUUUAUUUCAGGUCUUUAAACGUACACAGUCUUGUUGGAUCCUCUGCUUUUCUACCUGGUUGAUUGUCACCACAGUGGUGGGCACUAGCAUGGGAUUAAAACUCAGCCUACAAAUGAAUGGGACCUGCUUUGACCAAGUUGUCAAUAGUUACAUUCUCUAUCAAGAUCAAUUCAAUACUAUCCACUACUUAGGUGUGUCAACUUUCUUCUUUAUUUUGUGCUUGAUGUUGGUCAGCUAUAGCCUGCUGGUUUUCCAUCUGCAGAAGGUAAGAGGAGGAAGUCUAGUCGGUGCUGGAUUUGGGCCUGGAGGAGGUCUAAAGGUCCGCAGGAAGAUCCUGGCCUCGGUCAUAAUGUUUGUACUCUGCUUCCUACCGUACCACGUGCAAAGGAUUAUCUUAUUAACAUCAAAGCAUAAAAACUGCCAGGAAGAGUUCAGGAUUAAAACGUUCACCAUCUUCAUCGCAGCUCUCAGCUGUUGCCUGCAUCCUGUCCUCCAGCUGGUGUUCCGUUUGCGCUGCUGUCGGGCCAAUCGCAACAACAGGGCCAAACCCAAACCUGAGAUCUCCAAGAGCCUGGAUACACCUCACAUAAAUACUAUAAAUGUGACAGAGCACAUGGAAGAACCACAGAAAAAUGAAACUGUAUUAAGCCACCAACCGUCAUAGUUGUGUAAAAUUAGAAAAAAAAUGGUUUGCAACUUUGCAUUUCCUGUGUGAUGCUUGCAGCAAAGCUGUGAAACACGCUAACCUCAAAGAAAUGUGUUUUGCUAUUAUUACUGUUUGGUAGAUACAAAACUUAUGGCCAGUUUACAUGGUAGUGUGGUACUUCAUUUUUACACAGUAUACAAUACAUACUACAACAGUCCUUGUGAACUAUGUUGGAGCGACGUUUUCUGUAUUAAUGCCAACUAGAUUAUUAUUUCAGUAUGGCUUUGUGUUGAUAUCUUCUUUUGUAUUUAUUAAUUUAUAGUAUAAAAUAUUGCAGGCACACAAUGUACACUUUGCAUGGUCAAACUGCAUGACAAUAUAAAGUCACAUACACUGUUUUUCCCAAAGUAGUUUGUCUAUAUUUUCUCCAGAUAAAUCAACCAAGUUUAAAACGUUCAGCUGCAGAGGUUAUCAGUUCCUCACAUGUCACAAACUCAAUAUUUCCCGGAUUAUAUAAUUUACUAAUCUGUUGGGUUAAAGGGUUAGUCCACGCAAAAAUGAAAAUUCUGUCAUUAAUUUCUCACCCUCAUGUCGUUCCAAACCUGUAAGACCUUUGUUACUACCUUUUCUGGGCUUUGAACAUGGUAGUAGCAUUGCUGUCUAUGCAAGGUCAGAAAGUUAUCGGAUUUAAAUCAAAAAUAUCUUAAUUUGUGUUCCAAAGAUGACAGAAGGUCUUACGGGUUUGGAACGACAUGAGGGUGAGUAAUUAAUGACAGAAUUUUAAUUUUUGUGUGAACUGUCCCUUUAAAUAUACAGUUUAGCAUCAUUAUACACAAAUAUUUGGCUGCAGAAUACUGUGAUUGGCCAAUCAUAAUCAAGUAUUCUAAAAAGCGGUGUAAUAAUCAGGGAUUUGUGUUAGUGAAUGCAUUGGUACAUUACAGUUGCUGUACUGUUAGUUCUUUUGUUUCUUUUGUUGUUGUUUUGUUUUCAAUGUCGCUGGCAUGUUAACUCGCAACCGCUCAGAGUUGUAAUUAAUGGUUGUUUUGCAAAAAACAGUAUACCAUAUAAGGGGAAAAACAGCUCUGUAAUCCACAUUCAGGUAUUGC